AUGGUGAACCCGGCGAAGCGCAGCGUUGUGAAGCACCGGACGCGUUCGGACCUGUCAUCGCGCCCGAAAAACACUGGGUUCCAUGUUGCCAAGAAGCACAAGGCUGAGCUGAUCCACAAGGCCAAGGUGAAGAAGGCCUACUACCAGAUGCUCAAGCACGACCAGCGGCAAGGGGAGGACGCAUGCAACCCUGAUACGGCACAGGAACUGGGCCGUUUUGCGUCCGAGACGGCAGACAGCGACGGCGACGCCACCGAGGCGCCGAGGCGCCGUCCCGCCUCUGAGGAACCGAAGGCCAAAAAGCUGCCGUAUUUUUACCGUCCAUCCAGGAACAAGGCACCCAAGGAUGCCGCGCCACCUCCGCGCACGCGGGAGCAAGCCCUGGAGGACCGGGCGGCGCGCCAGGCCAAGUGGCACCGCCCAAGUCCCAGCCGGCUGGGCCGCCAGAGGGGCCAGCCGGACCUGGGUGCACGUAUGGAAGUGAUGCUAGAGAAGAUCCAGCGGCAGCGCGCGUAA